CAGCCGUUCUUCUCAAUUUGGCAGCCGAGCGGUGCAGACGUAAAGUGGUUUAGCUCGCGCACUUUUUGUGUAGUCAUCCUCCGUUACAACUUUUUAGUGUUCAGUGUUAGCUGAUUAGUAACUAAAUUCUUUUAACAAAAUGGCCAAUCAAGAGAACAAGGACUUCAGCGAUGACGUCAACGAGAGUUUCCAAAACGGCGAGGGAAAUAAUGGAAGCGGUGACGCCACUGAAAAUGGCAGCACCCAAGAGUCUCAGGAAGACAGGAAAUUAUUCGUCGGUGCCCUCAGCUGGGAAACCACAGACAAGGAGCUCCGCGAAUACUUUAGCAAAUUUGGAGACAUUGAGAGUAUCAACGUCAAGACAGAUCCCAACACUGGAAGGUCGCGAGGUUUCGCUUUCAUCGUCUUCGCCAAGGCCGAAUCACUCGACAAGAUUAUGUCGGCCGGUGACCACGUGAUCAAUGGCAAAAAAGUAGACCCCAAAAAAGCGAAGGCCCGACACGGAAAGAUUUUCGUUGGUGGUCUUUCGACAGAACUCUCUGACGAUGACAUCAAGACCUUCUUCGGACAAUUUGGAAACAUUGUCGAAGUUGAGAUGCCAUUCGACAAGACAAAGAACCAGAGGAAAGGGUUCUGCUUUAUUACCUUUGAUUCUGAACAAGUCGUCAACCAAUUGCUGAAGACGCCAAAGCAGACGAUCAACGGCAAGGAGGUCGAUGUCAAGAAAGCGACGCCCAAACCUGAUGGUAUGGGUAUGAUGCGCGGAGGUAUGAUGCGAGGUGCCGGUCGCGGAGCCAGGGGAGCUAGAGGAGCUCGCGGAGGAUUCCAGGGCGGCUGGCAAGGAGGCUAUGGUGCCGGUUUCGGCGGUGGUUACGGUCAGGGCGGAUAUGGUGCUGGAUACGACGGCUAUGGAGGUGGCUACGAUUACUACGGCGGUUCUAUGUCCUUCAAAUCUCAUAAAUCGCCAACUCAUCAUUCCAUGAAGUCCCAUCGUUUUCAACCGAAUGUACAACAGCAACAAAACAGACAGGCGCAGGGCAAUUUCAGUCAAGAUCUGCAAGAGUACCAGGAGUAAAUAUCUUUUUUCAUUUCAUGUUGACGGAAGGCCGAUUAGCUGACAAGCUCUGUGUGUUGUGCACUUGUACAGCGUGAAAGCUUUCGUUCUUUCGCUUAACCUUUUGUACAGAUUGUAACGUUGCCACGCGCUCUCAAUUCAAUUUCUGUAAUCGCUUUCAAAGUUAUUCAACCCUUUUUUUCAUGUCCAAAUAAUAGAAAGUAGUCGAGACGUGUGCGACAAAAUUGUGAUCCAUUAUAUGAUGUUUUAUGUGGAUUACAAUUUUGGCAUUUGAGAUUUGUUUAAUGUCAACUCCUGGUUUUGUACAGUUACAACAGAUAAACCUGAAUGAAUUGCGUCUACACGCGUGUAAACUUGAUCCUAUUUUAACGAUAAGAUUAUUUUAAUUUUGUCUAUACCUAUCUUUAAGAAACUAUGAUACUUUAGCGAUGUAAGCAGGCAAUGUACUUUUUACAUGAGAAAAGAAAAUGUUAAUGCAAAAAAAUAACAGUUGCCGAAGUGUUUAUAAGAAUUACGUCAAGUAUCGAGUCCCGAUAAAGAGAUUAUUGCUUUCGUAUUGGUAAAAAUAGCAUAGGAACUUUGAGACUUACCGACCCUCAACGGAUCUAAUCAAGGCGUAUUUCGUAUUUUGUGAUCGUUUUCAUGGAUGUUUAGCAAACGGGAAUGGAAUUAUUUCUUUUGCCUUUAUAGUAAUCUGCUCGCGGGUGAGUAUGAUUUUAAAAGAGUGCAUGAUAGUGUCUUCCACUUUGUAAACUCAACUUUGAAAGUAGAUAAAUUAAUUGCAAACUGAGAAAUAUUUUCAUUCCCGUUCGCUAGAUUUUUACUGAAUAAAUGUAGCAUCCUUUUCGUAUGUCGUAAACUUGUAGGGAAAUGAAGCAGAUGUGUAAGUCAUUCCGCAUGACUUUAAAGAAGACUGUUUUUCUUUUAUAUUAUGGCUACACACGAAAUUUAGACAGUGGAAUGUCUAACUUUAUUCAGCCUUAAGAAAUUGUAAAUUGUGAAAUGCAUCAAUGGAUUAACAUUGGCAACUAUUUAAAUACAGGAGGUGAUGCAUUAGAA